AUGCGGCACCUUCAGGUCGUCUGCGUCGUACUGGCGGUGUGGGCCGCGGCCGGUGCCGCAGCUGCGGCGGCCAGCGAGUCAGCUGCUGAUCCCGGCGCCGCGCCAGCCGCCGGCCAGGCGGCCCCCGGUCAACGUAACGCACGUCGGUGUCUGACCUGCUACAUCAGAGACCUGCUCGGACUGACGGACGACACAGCCAAGGAUGAUGCACAGGAGCCCAAGCGGCGCAUCAAAGUCAACCCUGUAAUCGUCAUUAAGCCGGACCAGCUGAAGGCGCCGUGCAAGGGGCGCCACUGUGAAGGACGGGGCGGAGGCCGUCGGAGUAGUUACUAUGACCGCCACAGGAGCGACUACCAUGGACACUACAGAGACGGCUACGAAAACGGCGGUGGUCGAAGGCCCCACGGCGCCGCCUACAUUCCGAACGGUGAAUGCGACUGGUUCCGACGCUGUAGCAGCGGGGAGUGUCUGGCCGGCCGGUGCGUGCAGUGCGUGCACGACGGGCACUGCACGACCGGUUACACGUGUGCUGCCAACGAAUGCGUGCAGUGCACACUGGACAAGCACUGCACUGGCGAGAAACCGGUGUGUUACCAAAACCAGUGCGUUGCCUGUGUCUCCAGAGCGAGCUGUCCUCAUGGCUUUUAUUGCCUGAGCAACAGCUGUGUCCCGCUUGGUGCGCUUGACGCUGAGUGCUCCGGGCACUAUCAAUGUGGCUACGGAAAGUGCGUAGAGGGAUUUUGUAAACAGUGCACGGAGGACGCAGAUUGCGGCAGUAAGGAGUUCUGCGGCAAAGGCGAAUGCAAGCCACUCAGGCAGGGUGGCAGGUCUUGCAACAACGACGGCAAAUGCGAAUCAAAGCGCUGCGAUGAGGGGUUUUGCACGGAGUGUUCGAGCACGCUUCCGUGCCCAGACAAUCACGACUUCUGCGACCACGGAACAUGCAAGGGCCCCGGGAACGCUGGCGAUGGGUGCUGGAUCCUCUCCCAGUGCAAGUCGCACAUCUGCAGGCGCGGCAAAUGUGCCACAUGCGCACACCAUAGUGAUUGCGCAUUGGACCGGUUCUGCGACGAAGGCAAGUGCCGGAAGAAGCGUGAUUUUGGGGCGAAGUGCUCAGGCAACGACCAAUGUGAGUCCCAGCUGUGUAAUGUUCAGGAAGAGAGAUGUGUCCAAUGUCUCAACUCGUGGGGUUGCGGUGACCACGAGUUCUGCGAUGAACUGGGUGCUUGCGUGGCGAAGAAAGGCCUCGACGAGAGCUGCGCCAGCGACAUGCAAUGCGACUCUCACAAAUGUUUGGAGAGUGAGUGCGUAGCAUGCAAGACGAACAAGGACUGCGGCAGCGGCAUGCGCUGUAACGAGGAGGGAACCUGCGAGCCCCAAGGAACCUUUGGAGAUAGCUGCAUCAUUAACGACGACUGUCGGAAUCCGCUUCUCUGCAGCCUGGACAGCAAAUGCGUCGAGUGUCGCACACAACAGGAUUGUGGCCCCAACAUGCGCUGCAAUGCAAUGGGCAAGUGUCGAGUAAAAAAGGCAAAAGCUGGGCAAGGCUGCAGUGAUGACAACGACUGCGCCAACGGGCUUCAAUGCUUUGAUGAUACGUGUUAUGAAUGCGAUGAAACAGGAGGCUGCGGUGAAGAAGAGAUAUGCGAGAACCACGUUUGCGUGGAAGACGAGGGCGAGCCAUGUAUCGAUGACAGCGAUUGCCCAGGCCAAUUUCAUUGCUUCGGUGGUACAUGUGGUGAAUGCGAAUUAGACACAGACUGCUCUGAAGAUGAGAUGUGCGAUGACUAUGUUUGCGUGCAAAACGGUUCUGCGCAGUCAGAAGACGGCAAAUAAUCUGUAUAAAUAUCCACAUAAUUACGCGAGCUCCAGCUCCAGAAGUGUAAUGAUGUGCGCCAGCGCCAUGCCGGGAGGGUCUGCCGUGCGAUUGAGGUACUUGUGAACCCGUGCUAUGAGCUUGCCUGUCCACCGACGGCGGGUAUUUCGAUGAUGACGAGUGACCGCUGUCAGGCCAGUGUCUAGUGCGUACCAACAGCAACCGACUAUGAUCGGGUCUGUUCACGCAGGCACAGGGGUACGGUGCGCAGACGCAGGAGUGUCUGUUGCACCGGUCGCAACGGAUGCCGUGUCAAUAUGACCAGCUGUGAACCUUAACGCGUCAGCCAUCGUGGAUAAGCGAGUGGUUGUGCGGGCUACUCUGAACGUCGAACAGCUAGCGGUGACUCAGGCUCCCGCAAAACAUGAUCAAGCCGUGGGCAGGACGAGGCGUUGGAGAUCCGCAGGCGACGAACAUGCCAGCAUGUUAGGGGAAAGUGUGUGGUAAUUGCAACACGGUGUUAAAGACAUGUUUACACGAAUACAC